AUGACGUUCAAGUGGAAAAAUUACGAAAAGGCCUACUACUGCUUGUACAGCAAUCUGUGGCACAUUGGGGUUACCACGUCACCACUGAAUCGUCGUGGCUGGGUGUUGCAGGAACGCCUGUUGAGUCCUCGAACUCUUUCAUUCAAUACACAAUUGUUCUGGGAAUGCCGAAGUCUUAAAGCCUGCGAGGCUUUUCCAGAAGGAUUAGGACCAAACGCCGAUCUAGAGUCCGAGGAUGUUGAUGAAGCCAGAGAACUUUGCCCGAAAGCAUGGAGAAGAAUUGCUUCCGAAACCAGCACCCGAUACGCGCCAUGGGCUAGAAUUAUAGAGCAGUACAUGGUGAGUAGUCUGACUGUGGCCUCAGAUAAGCUCAUGGCAGUGUCAGGAAUUGCUCAAGCAAUGCGAUCGGCGGUCAAUGAUAAUUAUGCCGCUGGUCUGUGGGAACGAAACUUGUCGUUUGAUCUUUUGUGCACCUUCGUGGUCUUGGGCUUCUGUUGA